AGUGACAGUUAUUCAUAUUCUUCUAUGCUUUGUCUACCUUUUAACUUCUUUCUUCUUUUAUUACUUGACUUAAAGUCAGUCAAGAUAGACUCAUAAACAAAGAUGGUGAGAUUUCUUGGGAUUGAAGGACUGGCCCUUCUCUGUCUUCUGAUGGGCAUUACAGAGGCCCAGCCACCUCCAGCUUGUGGCCGAUUUAUCCCCCCUGCCCGAAUAGUAGGAGGUACAGAGGCUGAGGUGGGUUCAUGGCCAUGGCAGGCCAGCAUACAGAUUUUAGACUCACAUCAGUGUGGGGGAACCCUCAUUGCCUCACGCUGGGUUCUCACAGCAGCACAUUGCUUUAGCAGUCUCUCAGAUCCCUCUCUAUUUGCCGUUCUUUUGGGAUCCUACAAUCUCUCCUAUCCGGGACCAGAGUCGGUACUAGUGAAUGUGAAGCAAAUUAUCAUCCACUCCAACUACACUGGGCUCGCAAAAGGCAAUGAUAUUGCACUUAUGGAACUUGAAAGCUCUGUGAAUUUCACCCAGCGUAUCCAGCCUGCCUGUUUACCAGGACUUUCCAUUGUCUUCCCUCCCAGAUUGGGUUGUUGGGUUGCAGGAUGGGGGAACAUUAAAUCACAAGUCCCACUUCCUGAACCCGAGAUUUUGCAGGAAGUACUUCUUCCCCUUAUUGACAGGGCUACCUGUGAGACUCUUUACAGUGACUUUAAGGAGCUUGGGAUGGCGACCAUAAUAAAAGAUGACAUGAUAUGUGCAGGUUACAUGGAAGGAAAGAAGGAUGCUUGCCAGGGGGACUCAGGGGGACCAUUGCUUUGUCCAUGGAAUGGAGAUUGGGUUUUGGCUGGUGUAGUGAGCUGGGGAGAUGUCUGUGCUGCCCCCAAACGCCCUGGCGUCUACACUCGGGUUAGCGCCCACACCAAAUGGAUCUUGAGACAUGCUCCAGAAGUAGAAUCUAGUUUCAUUAGUGCCCUAAACCUAAUUAUCCUUAACAAUGGAUGUUCCUUGGUUGCUAUUGCUAAUAUAACUAUGCUUCUUUCAUUGAUUAUCAAUAUUAUCUGUCUUAUAUAAUAUCAAAACUUGGUAGAGAACAAAACUUGGUAGACAUGUCUGAAUUUGUCUAGAUUGCCUGCUGUAGUUUGUGCAAACUGACCUUUGUCAAAUCUGUAUGAUAAAGCUCCCACUGUAUGGUAUUUUCUUCUGGAAUCAUAUAUAUUUUGAAAUCAUCCCCAUCGUUUGAUCUAAUUCUUCUUGUUUCUUCCUCUUCCCUUUCCCCAUCCUCUUAUUCAUUUACAUAACAUUAAAGAAUAAUAAGCCAUGAA